GAGGAACCCGGAUGUGCCGCCAAAUUUGAAUGUGCUGUAAUUUUCUGAGGUAAAGCACAUUCGGUAUGAAUCCUUCAGAGCGUUUCUUCGCGAAGCUGCGUAAACUGACAGUGUAUCUGGAGACUGAGAGCAAUAAUCUUCUGCAUGCGAGUCAAAACCUGAAAGAGGACGAUGAAGACACAGAGAAUGGGGCUCAAGCACUAUAUCAGCUACAUUCUGAAGUCAGACAACUAAAGCGGCAAGUUCAGGAUCAGGUGGCUGGACAAGAUGCAGGAAGUAGUGAACUGAGGACCUUCAUCCGAAGAAGCUUGGUGUUAAAGCAGAGGACCACAGAAGACAUUGACAGGCUAAAGAAACAUUAUGAGAAAUAUGGCUACAAACCACGAAAAGCAAGACAAGAGAACACAGUGAUGAACAGCACAAAAGAGGUAGAGGAGCAGGAAGAAAGAGAGCUGGAAAAUACGCAUGAGGUACAAAAAGAUGAGGAGAUGGGACACGGGGAUUAUGAAGACACUCAGCAAUCAAAGACACCCGAUAAGAUGCCGUCACCUUCUGAUGAGCAACUGCGGACCCCAAAGCUCUCAGAUUUUGGUCUGUCUGCACUUCAGCUUCAAAGAGUUUUCAAUGAAGCUGAGCCAUCCCAUGAUGAUGCUCCAGUGCCAGCUGUGGCUCUCUCACCACCACCGUUUGUCAUGAACAUGCAGCCACCACAGCCAAAAACACCAAAGUGCUCACUGCGUAUGGAAGAGGAUGCUCCUACCCCACGGUUAGAGGACUUUGGUAUCUCCGAGUACACCAUGUGCUGGAACAAUGAUUUUACCAUGGAUUUGUUGAACAAGAAGCCACCAAAGAAAAGCAGUGAAACAACAGAGAAUGCUCACAAACCCUCUCAUGUCUUCUCCUAUCUGUCGUCUGUGUCUAACAAAGGUGUUGUCAAUGAGAGUUUGGAAUCCCCAGAGCCUCCUGUGUUUUGCACCCCAGGAUUUAAGAUUGAGAAACGCCGGGUUCCUUACUCUCCACAAAUAGAUGGACAGAAUAACCUUGUUUCUCCUCCUCGUCAAAAUUGCUCUUCAACCCCAGAAGUCCCUGCAUUUGAAACACCUUUUGUCAGCAAACUCCUAAAAAAGGAUGCCAGACAGGAAGAAAAUUACAGGCACAGGGGUUCACAGGCAACCAGCUUUAACCUUCCAGAUUCAUCAAAUGCAAGAUCUUUAUCAUAUGACCCUCCAGAGAUGCCAAAAAUUCAAAGUUAUGAGGAGCCAUUACCUGAAAUUCCAACUCUGCACUCUCUUUUUGGGAGUUCGCUUGCUUUCAAAGGUACUUGUGGUGAAAGUCUUCCCGGGAUGACAAAGGACUCAAAGCAAAGCCCUCUCCCCAUGCCUGAAGAUUGCCUCAACCAGGAUUGGUGUCUUGCGACUCCAAAAGUCAGAAUGAAGUUCCCUGCAGACCCUUGCACACCAGAGAUGCCUGAUAUAAGCUCAGUGACGCAAGAUAUCUUAAAACUUGUGGCUCAGUGCAAGUCUUAAAUGCCCAUUACUGGAUCCAUGCUGCAGAAUUCAUAUGGAAACAAGAGAAUGAUGCAGUGGUGAUGACUUCAUGUUAAUAUGAACACUUAGGACAAUGUUGUAAAGAAACUAAAAUAAAAUAUUAAUAUUAAAAAAGUUAUGUUAUUUGCAUGGUUGUACACAAUCAUUAAACUUGAUGCAAUAGAGUGAAUGUACUAGCAAACUUCUAAGAUCCAAACUAUACUGUACAGUGCCCUCCACUAUUAUUUGCACCCUUGGUAAAUAUGAGCAAAGAAGGCUGUAAAAUAAAUCUGCAUUGUUUCUCCUUUUGAUCUUUUAUUUAAAAAAAUCUACAAUAUUCCAACAUUUCAUUAAAGUAAAACAAUUUGAAGUGGGGGGGGAAUAUCACAUUAUGAUUUUUUUUUUCGUUAAUACACGCUGUCACAAUUAUUGGCACCCUUGUAUUCAAAACUUUCUGCAACCUCCAUUUGCAUGAAAAACAGCUCUUUUAUGUCUGACAAGGUUUGAGAAUACAUGGCAAGUUAUCCCAGCCCAUUCCUUCAUACAGAAUCUCUUAAGGUCCUUCACAUGUUAAUGCUCUCUUAUCUUCAGUUCAUCCC